UCAAGGUCGUCGUCGGAGGCCAUGUUGUGGAAAAACCGGGUGCGGUUGGGGGCGGCUGGUUGUUGAGAGCGGAGGUGAGGAAGGCGACCAUGGUGGAGAAGGCAGGUAAGGAGAUCGGUGAGAGGGAGCUCGGGCUCAUGGGCGAGGGCUGCGGCGAGGUGGGGGAACCAUACCCACUUGAUGCGGGAGAUGAAGACGUAGUCGGGAAUGAGAGUCGACGGGAUGUGGAGGCGGAGGGAGCGAACGUAUUGGAUGAAUCGCUCGGUGGGGCCGGUUUGGCGGAGGUUGCAAAAUUGAUCGAUGUAGUCAUCGAUGGUCUUUUGCGGACGGAAGGUGGCGAUGAGAAGGUCGGCCCAUUGAAGGAAGGUGAUGCGGGGAAGGCCGUUGGCUCGGCGGUUGUUGGCUUCGGCAUUUUGAAUUUGAGAGAGGAGAAGGAGGACAUCCUCGUGGGGGAGGUCGGAGAACGUCGCGAUAUCGGUGGCGCAGAAGGAGCGGGGAAUGGCCCCGUUGCGGGGGACGAUGCAAGCGAGGGUGUUGAAGUUGCGGUCGUCGGGAGAGGUGUCGUAGCAGGUGUGGUCCUGACUGCGGUCACCAAGGAGGUAGCAAGGAGGAGGUUGGGGUAUGGCGGGGUGAACGCCCGAAAGGACUUGGGAGUAAGAGGGGUGGACAAAGGGGAUGGUGGAAGUAGUGAGGAUAGGUUGGGUGAGGGGGGAGGAGAGGCGAAGGGGAGUGGUUCGUGUAGUGGUGGAAGCGCUUGUAGUAGGUUCUCGCGGUGGAUAUCCUCGACGGAAUCCAUGUCGAGCGAGCCCAUGUUGAGGCUUGAGGUGCCUUCAGCCAUGGGGAAGGACGAAGGUGGGGCAGAGGGAGAAGAUGGAGUGGAGGGGACAACGGAGGUGGCAGCAGCGGCGUCGGCGGCGCGUUGGGAGGUCUUGGAUAGGCGGGGAGGCAUUGGGAGUGGUUUCUAAUCUCCAUUUAGAAAAAUGAUGGUUGAUUUAAGUCGCGAUUAGUGAGAGAGGAGGGGGGGGGGUGGAAUGAAUAUUCAUGGGCAAA